ACAAAAGGUGCCGUUUUACGAUCACAUUUUCAAUAUAUUUUCCUAUAUAAACAAACUGAAGUGUGCCAAUUUUGAGUAGUUGCUUACGAUCGCUAGUACGCAUCGGUUAUAAAUCCGCAUUUGAGAAACAAAAUGUCUCAGCCCAUCAAAUUGGAAACGACAAACGGCGCCACAAAUGGUAACAGCAAAGUGGAGGAGCUUAAGUCGCAGAGUGUGUUAGCCAGAACGGAGGAAAUUGUUGAUCCAUUCUGUGAUCCCAAGAAGCCACAACGCAUAUCGUUUCAUGAUGUCACAUCUGCUGCUUUCUUGAUUAAGGGCGGUGUGGAACGCACUCCAUGUCCUAAAUCCACAUCCUCGGAGUCAUAUGGCAUGGAUUUGUAUUUGAAGAAGGAUUUUCUACAGUUCACAGGCAGCUUUAAGGAGCGAGGUGCACGGUAUGCGCUGCUGAGCCUAUCAGAGGAACAGAAGCGCAAGGGCGUGAUCAGCGCCUCGUUGGGCAAUCAUGCGCUUGCUUUGAGCUUUCACGGCUGGAAGCUGGGCAUACCCGUUACUGUAGUGAUGCCCAAGGCGGCGCCCAUAAUGAAAAUACAAAAGUGUCGCAACUACAAGGCACGCGUCAUUGUGGAGGGGCGUGAUAUGGGCGAGGCCAAGACUCUGGCCAUGCGCAUGUCGCGUGAGGAGAAACUGCUCUAUGUGAAUGGGUACGAUCAUCCGCAUAUAAUGGCAGGUCAGGGUACCAUAGGCCUGGAGAUCCUAGAGCAAGUACCUGAGCCCGACGCUGUGGUGGUGCCAGUGGGUGGCGGUGGGCUUAUAGCAGGCAUAGCUACUGCAGUCAAGGCGCUGUCACCCAGCACCAAAAUAAUUGGCGUAGAGUCGGAGAAGUGCGCUAGCUUCUCACGAGCAAUGGAGAAUAAAGGACCCAUUCACACGCCCAUUAAAAAUACCUUGGCUGACGGCUUAGCUGUGCCGCAAGUGGGCGUAAAUGCUUACGCUACAGCAGUGCCGCUCAUCGAUCGCAUGGUGGUGGUCAAGGAGGAGUGGAUAGCGGUGGCUAUACUGCGCCUGGUGGAGGAAGAAAAGUGUGUGGUAGAAGGCGCUGGCGGCACUGGCUUGGCGGCCAUAUUAGCGGGUCAUCUGGAUGAUUUGAGGGGCAAAAAGGUAGUGGUGCUGCUCUGUGGUGGCAACAUAGACACCACUGUGUUUGGCCGCUGUCUGGAACGUGGCCUUGCUGCGGAGGGUCGUCUGGUCAAGUUUAAUGUGGAGGUGAGCGAUCGUCCAGGCGGCAUCAAUGAUCUUUGCGCGCUGUUGGUGCGCAUGGGUGUCUCGAUCAAGGACAUUAUGCAUGAGCGCGCCUGGCUGCGGGACAUUUAUACUGUCGAGGUUAAAGUAGUCUGCGAGACCAUGGACUGGGCGCACAGCUUGGAGUUGAAGGAUGAGCUUAAGAAGUGCUACAACCAAGUAAAGUUCUCUGACGUGCCUUUGGCCAUUAAGGGAAAGCAUUAGCCAAUUAUUAUUUAAUUAUGUUUAUUAUGUACUAUGUGUAUUUUUGUUUCUCUUUUAUUGUAUUGGACAAAAGUUGAUUGAGCUUAAAUGUAAUUUACAAACGUAAACGUAGUAGAAAUAUGUGUAUAUAGUAUAGCUUUAAAUAA